UCACGUGACACUUCGAGAUCAUAUGACCACAGGAUUACAAGGGCUGGAAAAUGACGGCGAGAGGGGACGCGCUGCUCGCUGCCGUCGCAGUGUCGCUCAUGUCGGUGUGUUUACAUGCGGGUUUCCAGCAGACCGGCUUGCAGGAAUGUCACCGUUGCGACGGCAGGCUGCAGGACGGAUCGGCCGUGGGAAACUUCUGCAUUGCUUCCGCAGGGCAGGUGGACGGCCGCUGCUGCCUGCGACAUCAAGGGGAGCAGGACAGGGCCACCAUCAUCGGGCUGGACUUGUCCAACUGUUCCCUGGGAAACGUGGAAGAUCUUCAUGAAGCAAUAACCGCCGUAAUUAUAGAUUUGUCAGCCAACCCGAUUGUAAACAUGAGCGACUCUGUCUUUCAGGGAUUUACACAGCUGCAUUCAUUAAGGUUGCCAUUGCCAUGUCAGUGCCCUGGUGGGAAUGAGUCGUGGGAGACCGUAGAGGACAUUGGCUCCGUUUGUCUCUGUGAGGGACAGCGGGACGCCUGCUAUAGUGGCGGAAAUAUGUCCUGGAAUUGUCCUGAAAACUCCCUUUGUGGGCCCUAUGGCCCCGGCCUUGUUCAAUGUAGCUGUUCCGGGGACUACCAUGGAUACAAGUGUCUCCGGAAGGGCCAGUUCCCUAUGGCGGAGGUGCUUGGGAUCCUCGGAGCGAGUACCAUCAUGGUGUCGGGCAUCCUUUGGGUCACACAGCGGCGGAAAGCCAAAACAGUCUGAGCUGUUUGGUCUAGGAUUCAUUUUUGCACAUUUCAAGCAGCACUGAAACCUGAAUACUGACGUUUUUAAGGAGGCUCUGCCUAAAACCACUGAUGACAGCCUGUGCAAAGGUCUAAAAGACUGAUCCUUUUGGAUAAAAAUACUGUUGUAAACCAUGCUGACAAUAAGAGAUACUUAGUACUGUUUGCAGGGAUUGAAAUUUAUGGAUCGCAGGAUUUAAAAAUUGUCUUGCUAUGUAUUCUUUACAUAACUGAGCUAUUUUAGUUCCAGUUUAAUGGAACAAAAUCAGUUUUAUGCAUGCAAAGUUAGUCUAAAACUGCUGUCUAUUGCCCUAAAUUCAGAAUGAUACUUUUACACAUUGUAAUUUACACCUAAAAUGUAUUUGGUUGAUUGUAAACUUUCAGGAUAGGGCUACAUCUAAACCAAAUAUAUUACAGCCUAGUUUACAACUUCAGUCCUGAAGUUUACUUUAGUGGAGAUUUAACUGACAGUUUGACACAAGGUCCUCUUUUUGUCUUCUGUGAAAUAUUUUAUGUCCCCUGUAUUUUUACCAUUUUUGAGUAGUAUUAACUGACUUGAGUUCUAGAAAGUACUGAAAAAUAGAAAUCACUAAAUGAGAUGUUUAUACGAAUUUCGGAAUGCAGAAGGAAUUUUCAUAUCGAAUAUUUUGUUUGAACAAUGUGCACCUUAUAAUCAGUGUUAAAUUGUUCUUGUUUUUAAUAAAACUGAAAUUAGGGUUCCACACUAA